CAUCAACACUCGUCAAAAUGGCUCCCAAGAAGGUCCGUGCCCCCCAGGAAGCCGCCGUCUCUCUCGGUCCCCAGGUCGCUGAGGGUGAGAACGUCUUUGGCGUUGCUCACAUCUUCGCUUCCUUCAACGACACUUUCGUCCACGUCACCGACUUGACCGGCAAGGAGACCAUCUCCCGUGUCACCGGUGGUAUGAAGGUCAAGGCCGACCGUGACGAGUCUUCUCCUUACGCCGCCAUGUUGGCCGCCCAGGACGUCGCCGUCAAGUGCAAGGAGGUCGGCAUCACUGCCCUCCAUGUCAAGCUCCGUGCCACUGGUGGUACCGGCACCAAGCAGCCCGGUCCCGGUGGACAGGCUGCCCUCCGUGCCCUCGCCCGUGCUGGUAUGAAGAUCGGCCGUAUCGAGGACGUCACCCCUACCCCCUCCGACUCUACCAGGAGAAAGGGUGGUAGGCGUGGUAGGAGGCUGUAAGCUACCUUUUUGGUGGUUAUGCAACUCUCUGCGCUUUUAACAAGGUCGCCGCAGAGCACGCGGUUGUGGUACUUGCGGAUGCUAUCGUAGACGUGAUGACAUGAUCCCGUGGCUCGCUGCGUUACAAGUUUCGGUCCUGUUGCAAGCUACAAUCAGAACAUGAACGUG